GUGUCAUCUUCGAGGCCAUACCCUUUCCAACGGAUUAAGUAUUGGACCCUUUCCAACAGAUUAAGUAUGGUUGUUUUCCAUGAUGAAGUCGAGAAUCCAAGACCCUAUGGACUUCAUAUUCAAUUUCUCCAUCAACCAGAACUGGUUGUUGUUUAUCUCUUG